AUGGAGGAGCUGGUGGGGCUUCGUGAGGGCUCCUCGGGGAACCCUGUGACUCUCCAGGAGCUCUGGGGCCCAUGUCCCCGCGUCCGCCGAGGCAUCCGAGGUGGCCUGGGCUGGCUGAAGCGGAAGCUGUUCCGCGUGGGUGAGGACUGGUACUUCCUGACAGUCCUCGGGGUACUCAUGGCCCUGAUCAGCUUCACCAUGAGCUUCACCGUCAGGCGUGUGGUCCGAGCACACCAGUGGCUGUACCGGGAGAUCGGGGACAGCCACCUCCUCCGAUACCUCUCCUGGACUGUGUACCCCGUGGCCCUGGUCUCCUUCUCCUCAGGCUUCUCUCAGAGCAUCACGCCCUUCUCGGGAGGUUCUGGAAUUCCGGAGCUGAAGACCAUCCUGUCAGGCGUGGUCUUGGAGGACUACCUGGACAUCAAGAACUUCGGGGCUAAGGUGGUGGGCCUCACCUGUAUCCUGGCCAGCGGCAGCACCAUCUUCCUGGGCAAAGUGGGCCCCUUCGUGCACCUGUCCGUGAUGAUUGGCGCCUACCUGGGCCGCGUGCGCACCAAGGCCACUGGGGAGUCCGAGAACAAGAGCAAGCGAAACGAAAUGCUGGUGGCCGCGGCGGCGGUGGGCGUGGCCACGGUGUUCGCAGCGCCCUUCAGCGGCGUCCUGUUCAGCAUCGAGGUCGUGUCCUCUCACUUCUCGGUCUGGGAUUACUGGAGGGGCUUCUUCGCGGCCACCUGCGGGGCCUUCAUGUUCCGCCUGCUGGCGGUCUUCAGCAGCGAGCAGGAGACCAUCACCUCCCUCUACAAGACCAGUUUCCGGGUGGACAUCCCCUUCGACCUGCCAGAGAUCUUCUUUUUCGUGGCGCUGGGGGCCGUCUGUGGCGUGGCGAGCUGUGCUUACCUCUUCUGCCAGCGAAAGUUUCUCGGUUUUGUCAAGACAAAUCCAGUCCUCUCCAAACUGAUGGCCACCAGCAAGCCUCUGUAUUCAGCGCUGGCGGCUUUGGUCCUCGCCUCCAUCACCUACCCGCCUGGCGCGGGCCGCUUCAUGGCUUCUCGGCUGUCCAUGAGGGAGUAUCUGGACUCCCUGCUCGACAAUAACUCGUGGGUGCUGCUGACCCGGAACACGUCCCCACCCUGGCCCAUGGAGCCUGACCCCCAGAACCUGUGGUUCGAAUGGUACCACCCACAGUUCACCAUCUUCGGGACCCUCGCUUUCUUCCUCGUUAUGAAGUUCUGGAUGCUGAUUCUGGCCACCACAAUGCCCAUACCUGCCGGGUACUUCAUGCCCAUAUUUAUCUAUGGAGCUGCCAUUGGGCGCCUCAUAGGAGAAGCCCUUUCUGUGGCCUUCCCCGAGGGCAUCAUGGCCAGAGGGGUCACCAACCCCAUCAUGCCUGGGGGGUACGCGCUGGCAGGGGCUGCAGCGUUCUCAGGGGCCGUGACCCACAGCAUCUCCACUGCGCUGCUGGCCUUCGAGAUGACCGGUCAGAUCGUGCAUGCACUGCCCGUGCUAAUGGCAGUGCUGGCGGCCAACGCCAUCGCCCAGAGCUGCCAGCCCUCCUUCUAUGACGGCACCAUCAUUGUCAAGAAGCUGCCAUACCUUCCGUGGAUCCGGUGCCGAAAACUCAGCUCUCACCGGGUGUGUGUGGAGCACUUCAUGAACCGAGCCAUCACCACACUGGCCAAGGACACACCACAGGAGGAGGUGGUCAAGGUCGUGACCUCCACAGACAUGGCUGAGUAUCCCCUGGUGGCGAGCACAGAGUCCCAGACCCUGGUGGGCACUGUCCAAAGGGCACAGCUGGUGCAGGCCCUCCAAGCUGAGCCACCCUCCUGGACUCCAGGACAGCGGUGCUGCCUCCAGGACAUCUUGGCUGGGGGGUGCCCCGUGGAGCCAGUAACCCUGAAGCUGUCUCCGGAGACCUCCCUGCACCAGGCACACAACCUCUUCGAGCUGUUGAAUCUUCAGUCCCUCUUCGUGACGUCUCAGGGCAGAGCUGUGGGCUUCGUUUCUUGGGUGGAGUUGGAGAAAGCAAUUUCCAACCUGACAAACCCUCCAGCCCCAAAGUGAGCCAGCCUGGCCGGAUGAAACAGCCACUCAGCUACCCCCGUGAAGGAAGCAGGGCAGAGACCCUGCCUGUCUCCCCCACGAGAACACACCCCUCUGCUCCAGGCCAGCUCAACUCCUCGGCAAAGCCGGCAGCUGACUAGCAGUGAGGAGGACCCCACAGUCGCCAUGUCCCAUUCUCAUGGGGCAAGUGCCACAUGUCCUGAAAGACAGAUUCCACCCUGGGAAGCUCAGAAUGUGAGACAGCAGAAAGCCGCCACGUGGUGGGUACUGCAAGAAAGCAUCAGAUUCACAGAUGAAGAGCCUGCUGUCCUCUGUCAGCAAGGGCAGGCACAGGUGCCCUCUGGGGGCUGUGUGACUCCCAACCAGAGGCUUCCAAGGCAAAUAAAGCCGGCUCCCAGAGCUGUGGUCCGCGCUCA